AGUCGUCAUUUCAGAGAAAAAAACUAAACAAAUCCGUCUCUCUCAGUGUGUGAGUGCAGGAAAAUGGCUGAGGCCAGUAUUUCAGUAGAUCAGGAUCAGUUCAUCUGUGCUGUGUGUCUGGAUCUCCUGAAGGAUCCGGUGACUCUCCCCUGUGGUCACAGUUUCUGUAAGGUGUGUAUUAAUGGCUGCUGGGAUCAGGAGGAUCAUAUUAGUGCUUCCAGAUGUCCUCAGUGCAGAGACAUUUUCACUACAAGGCCUGAUCUACGCAGAAACAACAUGCUGGCUGAAGUGGUGGAGAAACUGAAGAAGAAGACUAAAGUCCAAGCUGCUUCUCCUGCUCACUGUUACGCUGAACCUGGAGAUGUGGAGUGUGAUUUCUGCGUAGGGAGAAAACGGAAAGCCCCCAAGUCCUGUCUGACGUGUCUGGCUUCUCUUUGUGAAACUCAUCUGAAACCUCACCUAGAAGUUCCUGCUUUAAAAAAACACAGAUUAGUUGAAGCCUCAGAAAAACUCGAAGAGGAGAUCUGCUCUGAACAUCACAAGCUUAUUGAGAUAUACUGCCGUACUGAUCAAAGUGGGAUUUGCUCAUUGUGCAUGUUGGAUAAACAUAAAGGCCAUGACGCUGUUGUAGCGGAAAGAGCUAAGAAGCAGCUGAGUGCACAGACAGCAGUGGCAAGUCGAGCUGGACGACUCAUGGAACAACUAGAGGAUGAACUUUUUCAUCUUCCGCAGGCUUUUGCUUCUGAGCAACGUUCUCUCACAUCUGAAAGACCAGAUUCUCGUAUAUCCAGCAUCAGUGUCCAUCAAUAUCUCUCAUUUGAUGGAGUGGUGAAUUCAUUCUCAGAUCUGAAGAAGAGACUCGAGAAAUAUGUGGAAGAAGUUCAGAUUUUUCUCUCAGAGCCACGGAGCAGAGAUGAGUUUCUGAAAUAUUUCUGUUAUCUGACUCUGGAUCCCAACACGACACAUCAAGAAUUCAUUCUUUCUGAGAACAACAGAGUGGUGAAAUACAGUGAGAGAGAGCAGCAGUACCCUGAUCAUCCAGAUAGAUUCGAUUUCUGGCCUCAUGUGUUGAGUAAGGAAAGUGUGAGUGGACGCUGUUACUGGGAGGUGGAGUGGGAAAGUGACAUAGGUGUGGCAAUAGCAGUUGUAUAUAAGGGGAUCGGCAGAAAAGGACCGGCUGAGGAGUAUAAGUUUUCAAGUAACAAUCAGUCCUGGAGUCUGGAGUUUCCCUCUGCGUCUUCUUCCUGUUUCUAUCACAACAGCAUUAAGACUGAUCUCAGCGCUCCAUCAUCCUCCAGAAUAGGAGUGUAUGUGGAUCACAGUGCAGGAACUCUGUCCUUCUACAGCGUCUCUGACACGAUGACGCUCCUCCACAGAGUCCGCACCACAUUCACUCAGCCUCUGUACGCUGGGUUUGCAUUCUACAAUUGUGGUGGGUCUGAGUCAGGACGAAUUAUAAGGCUAUGUGAUCAACAAUGGUCAACCUGAUUUAUAAUGUUUAUAUGGCAAUGCUUUAAAAUCUGCCUCAUUAAGAUGAUAACUAUAUACAUCGUACAUACAUUGUAAAACCUUUAAGAUUCAGUUAUUAUGAUAUGAUAUGAUAUGAUAUGAUAUGAUAUGAUAUGAUACGAUACUAUAUUUAAAUUGUUAUUGUUUUUAAAUUGUACAAUGGUUACCAAAAGUGUUAAGACAACAUACAGUUGCAAUCAAAAUUAUUCAACUUCCAUUAAAAAUUUGUUUUUUGACUUGCAGCUGGUUGUAAUAAAUAAGUGAAUUGAGAGCAAUUUAAAUACUACAACACAACUAAUAUAACAAGUGUUUUCUUCAAAUUCAACACAAAAAUGCUACUUUAAAUAAUUACGACAGUAUGAAAUUAUUCAACCCCCUGAUAAAAAACAACUCCAGUACUUUUCUAGUGAAAAAAGUUUCAUGUAUUAUAAAUAUAUACAUUUGCAAUACAGUGGUAUAUAAUUCUGUGUGUACUACAUUAUAUAACCAAGUAGUUUUUAUUAACCACAAAGAAAGGGAGUGGUGGCUCAGGUGGCUAAGGCUCCAGUUUGUGGAUUUGAGGAAAUGAGUAUCCGGGUUUAAGCCCCACCAUC